AUGAGCGCCUCUUCCGGAGUCACCCCCGAGUCUCUGAAGGCCGUCUUGGAGGAGAAAGUUGGCGCUGUCCACGUCGAGAUAGCCGAUCUCUCAGGCGGCUGCGGCCAGAUGUUCGAGGCCAUCAUAGUCUCCCCGCAGUUCGACAAGAAGACAACUCUUGCGCGUCACCGCCUCGUCAACGCCGCUUUGAGGGAGCAGAUUGCUGCAAUCCACGCCUGGACCCCCAAGUGCCACACCCCCGACGAAUGGGAGAAGAAGAAGGCCCAGAUCCAGGCUUGA